ACACCAAUUAGGAAAACUAAUCUCAUCUCAUCCAAGACAAUUCCAUACUUAUAUAGCACUUCAUAUGCCUGAGAUGCCAGAUUACAGCGGAUGGACCAAAGAUGCAUUAAUUAAACGAUUACAGGAAUAUGACUCAAGAGUUAAUCAAAACAAAUCUGUUCAUCAAAUAUCAAGUGAUUGUGAUCACGUAUCGGAGAACGCUAAAAGGCCACGAAGAGAAUUUGAUUUUUCGAAGUACAAUAAGCGAAGGAUAGCCCUCAAAUUUUCUUAUUUGGGUUGGAAUUAUCAUGGACUCGCUUAUCAAAGUGAUACAUCGAACAUUCCAACCGUAGAAAUGUUUAUCUUAAAAGCUUUAGAAAAGACAAAGCUGAUCCGCAGCUUGGACCCAGCUGACUGUGAUUUCAGCAGAUGUGGCAGGACUGACAAAGGCGUGAGUGCGAUGAACCAAGUAAUUUCUUUGGUGGUGAGAUCGAAUUUGACUCAAGACGAAUUGGCAGAUCCUCUCAACGACGUAAAAGAGCUUGAUUAUGUGAAGAUUCUGAACAAGGUUCUUCCGGAAGAUAUAAGAAUUCAUUCCAUUUGUUUGAGACCACCAGAGGGGUUUGAUGCUAGGUUUUCCUGUCUAUCGAGACACUAUAAAUAUUUCUUUGAGCAAGGAAAUUUGAAUAUUAAGAUGAUGCAACAAGCUGCGUCUUAUUUCGUUGGCGAGCAGGAUUUCCGUAACUUCUGCAAGGUGGACGGAUCCAAGCAAAUCGUCAACUACAAACGGAAAAUCAUUUCUUCGUCCAUCGAAAGAACAAAUUUGGGAGAGAACAUCUACGCUUUUAGUCUCAAGGGAUCAGCAUUCCUUUGGCAUCAGGUGAGAUCCAUGAUGUCUAUUUUGUUUUUGGUCGGCCAAGAACUAGAGGAGCCUGAAAUAGUGAGAAAGCUUCUUGACAUUAAACUUUUUCCAGGUCGUCCAAAUUACACAAUUGCCAGUCCACUCCCAUUGGUUUUGUAUGAUUGCGAGUUCGACCACAAUGUGGUGUGGUCGAAAACUCUCACAUCAGACAGAAUUCAAAUUACAAAAUUCAACCAGAUGUGGGUAGAUUUGGGGGCCAAAUACACUGUCGCUACCACGAUGAAACAUGUUAUCGAACCAUGUGAAGAAAGGUCAAAAAAUGGUUCAAAUACUUGUAGUACACCAGGCAAACAUUCCCAUAUACGCAUCGAACAGCGGGAAUGUCUUGAGGCACCAGAGAGUAUUAAUAAAAGAUGGCUUCAAAAUAGGACUCCUGGCUGUAAAUAAAUAAUCA